GUCCAGAAGGGUGUGGAACAGGUUGUUGGAUCCGCGUGAGGCUGCAGUUGGUGGCAGAGGUGGGCGAGCGAAGCCUCGGAAGGCAGCCAUGAAGGUGUACACGAUGAGGGACCUCAACCCCUUGCAGUUUUUCCGAGGCAAUGCUGCUGAUGUGGUUGGGGAGCUGCCAGACAGGAAACCAGAGUUGACCAAGAAGCCACUCACGAAAGUCCCAAGCCUGUUGUUUGACAUGGAGCUUGAGGAGGGUCAAGGGCGGAAGGAGACUGAGACGACAGCACAUGACUCCCAAAGGCGACUGGAACAUCUCGCACAGCCCUGGUCAGCACCUGAAAGACAGCUCAUGCAGCAAGUGGAGUGCAUGUUUGAGAGCGAGAGCGCCCGCGGGGAGGCUCCGGAGGCAAGCACACUGGCAGAGCGCCUGGUGCAGCAGGGCUACUCUGUGACCGUGCGCACCGCAUUGGGCGGCGGCGGCGGCUGCGAAUGCCUGCGCAACCUGCGCCAUGUCUUCGUCUGCGUGCGCUUGCAGGGAGGGAAUGAUUUUGUGCUGGUGGACCCCAAGUUCAAGGAGCAGUUUGAGAUCGCGCACCCGACGCCGCGCUACGCAGCGCUGCUGGAGGAGGUGCCGGCGUGCUUUGUGGGCACCGAGGAGCGGCUGGUGGCACUCGUGGAGCUGUUGUGCUCUGAGAUGAGCGCCGCUUUCCGAGGCACCGGGACAACGCUGCCUCCCUGGCGGCAGGCCCCGUCGAUGCUGAGCAAGUGGCGGCCGCGCCGGUCCACGGACGAGCGCCGCACGCCCGCGCUCUCCGUCGGCUGCUUCACCAAGCACAGCUCCUCUGGCCAGUUCACCGUCGACGUGUCGGCCGCCGCCGGCCUGGCGAGCCCCACCGUCUCCCCCCCGCCGCCCUCGCUGCGCCGGUCGUCGCUGCCGGCGCGCAUGGGCCGGGACGGGCCGCCGGUGCCGGUCGCGCGCACAACCUCUGAGGGCCCGGCCAGCGGCCGCUGCCGCGCAAACGUGUCGCGCACGGCCGCGUCGCUGCUUGCGAUCGAGCUCGGCGACGGGCGCGGCUCUGCGGCCGCCCCGCCGCGGCGCAUCGGCCCCACCAAGCCGUGGCCCAAGGCCUCUGACGAGGACGCCGACUCCCCGACCAGCGUGCUGGAUGCGGAUGAGGAGCCUGUGCCUGCAUCUGCGCUGCGCUGGCAGCUGCGAGGCUCCCUGGGCAAGGCCAACGACAUGCUGCGCACCGGCAUGCGCCAGGGCAUCAUCACGGGCCUGUGA